AUGACAGCAAUGUCAAUCCCGCACCUUCGCAAGACCAGAACCUCAAGCCAGCUCAUCGUUAAUGGCGAACCUUUCCUCAUGCUCAGCGCAGAGCUGCACAACUCCACACUCAGCUCAGCAAAGUACAUGACCGAUGACAAGAUAUGGCAGAAUAUGCGUGAGAUGCACAUCAACACGUUGCUCGGUUCAGUAUCCUGGGAGCAGAUCGAGCCAGUAGAGGGUCAGUUUGACUUCUCGAACCUUGAUGCUGUGAUACUGGCGGCGCGCGAACAUGGUAUCAAGCUUGUGUUGCUUUGGUUCGGCAGCUUCAAGAACGCGCUGAGCACAUACGUACCUGCUUGGGUCAAGAAGGACGUCAAACGGUUCCCGAGAGUGCAUGCGCUGGAAGCAGGAGGCAAACGGAGAACGCUGGAGUUAUUAAGUCCAUUCUGCGAGGCGGCAUGGACAGCUGACGCAAAGGCGUUUUCGAGACUCAUGGCACACUUGAAGGAGUUUGAUGGGAAGCAUAGUACCGUGCUAAUGGUACAAGUUGAGAACGAGACUGGAUUGCUAGGCGAUUCCAGGGAUCGCUCAAAGGUCGCCGAUAAGAAGUUUCAGGAGCCUGUACCGAAAGAUCUGCUUGAGCAUCUGCAGUCGAAGAGCGCUGAACUACAUCCAGAGUUCCAGAGACGGUACGAUGUUAGCGCCGCUAAAGUAGGCGAAACAUCAUGGGCAGAGCUCUUCGGUGCCGACGACAUUAUCAACGCUAAUGAGAUGUUCAUGGCAGACGCCUACUCAAGGUACAUCAAUCACGUCGCAUCCGCUGGCAAAGCAGAAUAUCCGAUACCUCUAUACGCCAACGUCUGGUUGAACUUCGAUAACCCUACCGAUCUCGAUCUUACCGAUAUACCAGUUGUAGUGGGCGGCGGAGAGAAAGCCGGCAUCUACCCGUCCGGCGGCCCAUGUCCGCAUACGAUGGACGUCUACACCUUCAACGCCCCUAGUCUAGACUUCAUAGCACCAGACCUAUACUUUCACGACUAUGAGAUGACCUGUCAGAACUACAGACAUGGCGGUCAACCAUUGUUCAUACCCGAACAGAGGCGUGACGAGAAAGGUGCGCGACGGAUCUGGAGUGCUUAUGCCAACUACCUUGCGCUGGGCUGCUCCCCUUUCGGCAUCGAUUCUCUUUCAGCAUCCGAAGGCGCCUUCACAAAGCACUAUGGCUUGAUCCAUUCACUACGAAAACAGAUUCUGGAAGCACAGGCGAACCGGCCUGAAGAUAUGAUGGGCUUUUUCUUCGACGACUUCGUCGAUGGCCAGAAGAUCAGCGAGAAGCCUCGAACAAAGACGAUGGGUGGCUUCCAGGUUAUCAUAGAACGUGCGUUCGUCUUUGGUAAGCCGGGACCCGGAGCGGGCAUGGUCAUACACCAAGGGGAUGGCAAGUUCCUUUGUGCGGGCUGGGGCUUCAACCUCUCCUUCAAGAGCGCCAAUCCCAAGUCAACGUUCACUGGCAUUCUACACGCAGAGGAGAAGGAGGUCGAUCCUGAGACGUGCGAGCUAUCGACGCUAAAGAUUCUAGGUGGUGAUGAGACAAGAAGUGGCGAGUUUUUGAUCAUGCCGAACGAAGAUCCCGACUACGGAGGUUUCCCUAUCGCGGUCACCAUUCCUGCUAGAACCUGCAUCGCUGAGUGCUGGGCAUAUAGCCUCGAAGAAGAUGAGGACGACUUUUGA